AUGAAUAACACAAGCUAUCUGCUGGCCACUCGACUCGUCCUACACUACUCUCGAUGCGGCGUAAGCCAAAGCAUCCUGAACAAUGACACGUAUCAGGCGCUGCAAUGCGUUGCGGGCCAGUCCAAAUCUGGGAUUGGAACCUCAUGUAUUAUUUGUCCGAAUUCCGACAUCGCAGGCGUCGGCGUGAGGGCUGCUUUUUACAUUCAAAGUCUUUUCAAUACUCUCCUCGUCAUCCUAUCGCCAGAAGACGCCGCUGCUAGUGCCUGGGCGGGCGCCCUCCUAACCGCUGCUCUUGUAAUCGCCGCGUUCGUGCAGAAAGCGGCGUCCCCUCCGAGUCUGACCCUGCAUCAUGCAACGCUUAUUCUAAACUCUUUGGCUAUCGCGCCGAUGCUCCCCGUGUGGAAACACCCUUUGCCACUGUCGGAAGCACGCAGAGCACGUACCCUCCAAAGCCAGGAAAGCCUGGCGGAGAGUGAAGAUGCAGUGCUCGCGCGUGGAUUACAAGAGAACCUUACUCGGAAGGAACGACGGAAAACACACAACAGACAACGCGCAGCCAUCACCUUCGCACUCCUAUCGCAGGUCGUAUUUCAAUGGGCGUGGGGCCUGUUCCUGUUCGUCGCCCCAGACUAUAGCCAGCCCGCAUGCAAUCAGGACACAAUCGUAUGGAUCCUCUAUUUCCCGCUCAACGCACAGAACAUCAACGAGGCCGACUAUGCCAUAUGGCCAGCAUGGUUGCUAUUCUGCCUCAGUGUGACGCUCUACUACGCGAUCGCGCUCGCUGUAUUUAGCGGCGAGCGGACGCACAAGGGCCUCUCGAGGGUCUCGACGAUCACGUCUAUCGCUAGCUCCAUGCAGAGCGCGCACACGCCUAUGCCUGUGCAGCUAUACAGGGUUACGAUGGCGGCCGUGCCGACAUGGCGCGACGUGCGCGGGCAGGUCUUUAUGUGGGGCAACGUCGUCGCGGUGAUCUUGUGGACGUCAUAUAUCGUCACGGGCGGCCUCGCGGUUGCGGUCGCGGUCGCAGCCGCGGCGCGCGAACACCGAUGGCGUGCAGUAUCACGAGCUGCAGGAGCUGACGCCUGCCUCGCCGCCUGUCGUGUAGGAUGGCUUGUUGCGCUGUGCCGUUCGGUCGGAAUCGACGUACGGCACCAUCAGUUGUUUGUGCGGCCGCCUAGAGCGAACGACCUCGGAUUGCUGUGUCGCUGCACACCCUGGUAUCUGUCACCACGAUUCCUACAUAUAAGAGACGCGGCAAACUACCUCAAUCGAAGACCCGCGUUCACUAUGGAGUGUAAGCCAGAAUCCCCUGUUCAUCGACAAGUUAUGCACACUAAGCUGAGCGAAACACCUCUUGUACGAAAGGCCACUAGCACGGAUGCAUGUCUUCAAGGCAACACCAAUGCCCGACGCAAAGCUGUCAUCGAAGACAUUGGCGAGACAAUCUCAGAGGUCUCUGUGGAAUACUUCUUAAGCGCCCUCGUUCCUAAAGUGCGCAGAGGCCUGAGUGUUAGCAAGACGAUCGAGAAGCUGAAAGCGAAAGGAGAUAUCACUCCCGAUGGAUAUUGGGCGGGGACUCGACUCCAUGUCUUGAUUGACGCCCUUGAAGUCUUCAAUAUUAUACAUGGUGCCGGUUGGAUCCAUCGUGACAUCAGUUCUGGAAACGUGCUCGCUGAACAGCUCCCUGAUGGUACAAUUGUAGGAAAGGUGGCUGAUUUCGAAUAUGCAACGAGGUUUGGCGAUACUGAGAGCGAGCCUCAUGAGAUGCGUACGACCUCCCCUCGCAAAGUAUACAUUCCGGCAAAGUGGGGCAGAAGCUCGCGGCAGGAGUCGGCAGUGGUGCAGAGACGGCGACGGGCAGCCGAUCCAGAGACGGGCUAUUGA